AGAAGAAGUAACAGAAAAGAAGAAGAAAAAGAUGCAGCAGCUGCGUGUAGCGGUGCUAACUGUCUGAGUUGUGUUUUGUUUUUCAUUUUAUAUUUAUAUUUUGAAAUGAACAUUUGCAACUAGAAUAAAAAGCGAGGACUAAUCGCUUUAAGCGCUCCGCUGAAAUGAGGCUGAACAUCGAUGGUCUGCUGGUGUUUUUUCCCUAUGACUACAUCUAUCCCGAGCAGUACUCCUAUAUGCUGGAGCUAAAGAGGACUUUAGAUGCAAAGGGUCAUGGAGUCUUGGAGAUGCCAUCGGGAACAGGGAAGACCAUCUCUCUGCUGUCCCUCAUCGUUGCUUACCAGAGAGCCUUCCCCUUGGAGGUGACCAAGUUAAUUUACUGCUCCAGAACAGUUCCUGAGAUCGAGAAAGUGGUGGAGGAGCUCAGGAAGCUGAUGGAGUUUUAUGCCAAAGAAACUGGAGAAGUGAACAACUUCCUGGCUCUUUCUUUAUCCUCCAGGAAAAAUCUCUGCAUCCACCCAGAGGUUAGCUCGCUACGUUUUGGGAAGGAGGUGGAUGGAAAGUGCCACAGUCUGACAGCAUCAUACAUUCGGGCACAACGCCACAGCAAUCCCAACCUGCCUUCCUGCCGCUUCUAUGAGGAGUUCGAUGCAGUCGGUCGACAGGUUCCUCUUCCUGCCGGCAUCUACAACCUCGAUGACUUAAAGGACUUUGGCAGGAGGAAAGGCUGGUGUCCGUACUAUCUGGCUCGCUAUUCGAUUCUUCACGCCAACAUUGUGGUAUACAGCUACCACUACCUGCUGGACCCUAAGAUAGCUGACCUAGUGUCCAAGGAGCUGGCCAAGAAAUCAGUGGUGGUUUUUGAUGAGGCUCAUAAUAUCGACAACGUGUGCAUCGACUCCAUGAGCGUCAACAUAACUCGGCGAACGCUGGACCGCUGCCAGAACAACGUGGACACGCUCCAAAACACCAUACACAAGAUUAAGGAGACAGAUGCUGCCAAGCUGAGGGAGGAGUACAGACGAUUGGUGGAGGGUCUGAAGGAAGCCAAUGUUGCCAGGGAGACCGACAUCUAUCUGGCAAACCCAGUUUUACCCGACGAGAUCCUGCAAGAGGCGGUCCCUGGUUCAAUCCGUACAGCCGAGCACUUUGUUGGAUUCCUGAGGCGGUUCCUAGAGUAUCUGAAGGCCCGUCUGCGGGUGCAGCACGUGGUCCAGGAGAGCGCGCCGCAGUUUUUAAAGGACAUCUUCGACAAAGUCUGUAUCGACCGCAAGCCUCUCAGGUUCUGUGCAGAGAGGCUGCAGUCCCUGCUGCGGACUCUGGAGAUCGCAGACAUCGCAGACUUCUCCGCCGUUACGCUCAUCUCUAACUUUGCGACUCUUGUCAGCACCUACAGCCAAGGUUUUACUAUCAUCAUUGAGCCUUUUGAGGACAGAACCCCAACCAUCGCCAACCCUGUGCUGCACUUUAGCUGCAUGGACCCGUCUAUAGCCAUCAAACCCGUCUUUCAGAGGUUUCAGUCGGUCAUCAUCACAUCAGGGACCCUCUCUCCGUUGGACAUCUACCCCCGCAUCCUCGACUUUCGGCCCGUUACCAUGGCAUCUUUCACCAUGACGCUGGCACGGACCUGCCUCUGCCCUCUGAUUGUCGGCAGGGGGAACGACCAGGUGGCUCUGAGCUCAAAGUUUGAGACCAGGGAGGAUUUCGCUGUGAUCCGUAACUACGGUAACCUUCUCCUGGAAAUGUCUGCCAUCGUUCCGGACGGGAUCGUGGCGUUUUUCACCAGCUACGUCUACAUGGAGAACAUAGUGGCAGCUUGGUAUGAGCAGGGAAUCCUGGAGAACAUCCAGAGGAACAAGCUGAUCUUCAUCGAAACACAAGAUGCAGCAGAGACCAGCAUGGCUCUGGAGAAGUACCAGGAGGCGUGUGAGAACGGCAGAGGAGCCAUCCUCCUUUCUGUGGCCAGAGGAAAGGUGUCAGAAGGGAUCGAUUUUGUGCACCACUUCGGCCGAGCGGUCAUCAUGUUUGGAGUCCCGUAUGUUUACACUCAGAGCCGCAUCCUGAAGGCUCGUCUGGAGUAUCUGCGGGAUCAGUUUCAGAUCAGAGAGAACGACUUCCUGACGUUUGACGCCAUGCGGCAUGCAGCUCAGUGCGUGGGCAGAGCCAUCAGAGGCAAGACGGACUACGGCCUCAUGAUCUUCGCAGACAAGCGAUACGCACGAGCAGACAAACGUGGGAAGCUUCCUCGGUGGAUUCAGGAGCACAUCAACGAUGGGAGUCUGAACCUCACGGUGGACGAGGCCGUCCAGCUCUCCAAGCACUUCCUCCGUCAGAUGGCUCAGCCUUUCAGACAGGAGGACCAGCUGGGUCUGUCUCUGUUGACUCUGGAGCAGCUGGAAUCGGAGGAAAUGUUGCAGAAAAUCUCCCAGAUGGCUCAUCAGACCUGAAGGAGGACCUUAUUUAAUCAGAUUUCUCUUCUCACACCAGUUCUUGUCUUUAUCAGUCUUUACAUUUUCUUCUAUGUGUAACAGAAUAGGGUGAAAAAACAGCUGAUGUUUCUAAACCUGGUAAAAACAUUUGCAGUGA